CCUUGCCAACAACCCCUCAUGCCACAGGGCAGGUGAGCCAGCUAGGACAAUGGCCCCAAAGAGGUGCAGCAAGUGGCCUGACCCCUCCCAGCCAGCUCUUCCCCCAGCAGAGAUCUUCCAGUGCCCUGGCUCUCUGCUCCUCUUUCCGCUCUGCCAGGAGGAAGGCUUGGCCCAGGAGGAGGAGGAGGAGGAGGAGGAGGAGGACUUUGCGCUGACCCAGCGCAGCAGCCAGGUGCAGCGGAACUUGCAGAGAUUAUCGGGGGCUCAGGUGGAUCAGAAGGUGAGUGAAUUGGUGCAAUUCCUCCUGGUCAAGGAUCAGAAGAAAAUCCCCAUCAAACGGGCAGAUAUUCUGAAGAACAUCAUCAAAGACUACAAAGAUGUGUACCCGGAGAUCAUUAACCGAGCCGGCAGGACCCUUCAGCAGGUGUUUGGGCUGCGGCUGGUGGAGAUCGACACCAAGCAUCACGUCUACAUCCUGGUCAGUGACCUGGUGCGCCUGGAAGGGGAGAACCUGAAACAGGACCAUCUCACAGCCAGGCUGGGCCUCCUCACCGUCAUCCUGAGCUUCAUCUACAUGAGGGGCAAUUCUGCUAAGGAAUGUAAGGCCUGCCCCCGUCAGUGCUGCCCCCCUUGCUGGUGGCCGAGCCCCUUGACUGACAGUCUCUCUGCCCUUUCAGCUGAUGUGUGGGACAUGCUGAAGAGACUGGGAGUUGAACCCAGAAAGCCACACAAGCUCUUUGGGGAUGUCAAGAAGUUGGUGACUGUGGAAUUUGUCCAGCAGAAAUACCUGGAGUAUAAUCGCCUGCCCAGCACAGACCCAGCUGAGUUUGAGUUGCAGUGGGGGCCACGGGCUGCCAAGGAGACCUCCAGGAUGCAGAUUCUGCAAUUUGUGGCCAAGAUCCAGAGCAAAGACCCCAAAACCUGGAGCGCCCAGUACAGUGAGGCGGCGGCUGAGGUCCUGUCCUGCAGCUCUAGUCCCCCUGGAGACGUGGGUGGGGACAGCCAGGGGCCGCGCAGAAGGAAGCCGUCGGUCUCGAGCAGUUCGCCCCACGGUGCCUUGUGAACGUGCCUUGUGACCCAUGCUGGGCCCAGCGCUCCUGGAUCCCUGGGACAGCCGCCUUCGCCCUCCUGGCUCCAGAGCCCCUGCCCCUCGGAUUUCUCCUCGCCUUUUGGGAGCGGCCUGGCAGCCUCCCGCCAGUGGGCCUAGACAGCUGGGCACGGAGGUGACCUUUGACCCUUGUAAUCCACCACAUGUUCCUUUCAGAUGAAGUAUCCCCCCUCCA